AUGGCUCGGUUGAAUGACUAUGCCGCUCCCGCCGAGUCCAUCGAAGCUUUGAAGCGACGAUUUGUGCGACAAAACCGCGAGAUUGCGAGGGUGAAUUCCUUGCAAUCCCUUCGCAUUCGCAGCUUAGAGUCAGAAGUGUCGCAUCUUCUCUCAGAAAAUGUGUCUCUUCGGAAGCAGGUUAUUACUCUCACCCAGGAGACAGAAAGACUGGAAGCAGGGAAACUGCUACACAAUGGUAUAUACGAUAUCAAAUCCAGGUUGGAGGCCAAGCUAGCCGACUUGAGUAUUUUGGCGACAGAAUUGGGAUCGUUGCCCCGCAAUGUGAGCAAACAAUGCGACAAGCAGUGCGUCGAGCCAAAGCAGACGACGGAGUCGAGACCUCGGACCGGAGACACGAUGGGAGGUGAAGAUGGAAGGCUUCCCGCCAUUGUCGAAGACAAGUAUUACCCACGGCGGACCCUGGAGCCACUGGAAAUUGACAAUCUGGUCAACGACGAUCACAGUAUUCUGGAAUCUCCGCCACAGUUCACCUUCAUGCCGGAGGAAGCAGAGGAAGCAGAGACACCCAUCGAACACUCAAGCCCGUCUCCACCGGAGACGACAUUAAGCAGUUACUCCCACAACGAUCUGCCUGGAACGUUGCUUCCCCCGACACUCGAGACGCGCAAGAAGAAAAGGAAGUCGGACUCGAUGAUCCCACCUGAGAUGAGCCCAGCGCCAAUGGACGGUGAACCGAGUCCAUCCAUCGAUUUAACAAAGCACGCAACCUCAGCUUCGACGAAGCGGAAAUACAACCCUGAAGAUGAUGACCAGUUCGAGUCCAACUUUCAUGUUGAAGACGAAUUCCAAUUCACCCGGCCUAGCCAUAGCCCCAAGAAGCAAACAAUCCCACUCGAGGUUACCCAGCGAGACCAGUCGCCUGUGAAGAGUCAUGUGCAGAUAAUAAGAGGAUCACAGACCCCUGUUCUUUCCAUGCGGAAGGUGCUCGAACCAAAGAGUGCAAAUGCCAACCUAAGCUCUCCCAAGAAGGCCCGCAUGUCUUCAAACCAGAAUUCCAAAAUUAUGCAACGGUCUACCAAGGGGGAUGAGAAUACAGACUCGCCAGAAAAUGUGAAGACCGUCGAGAAAGCCACCGGCAAGACUCUCGGCCAGAAACCCCGAGUGUCUAAAGUCGCUUCCACAACCAAAGAAAAGCGCACCGUGCGCCCUGCCUCUGCCCAGCUAGAAGAGCCAGCGCUUCGCCAGUCAGCGCUAUCACCGCAUCCAUAUGGAUCGAAAUCUGAAGAAGACUCUGGAGCUCGGCCUUCCCGUCGCCGCGGCACUGUAGUCAGCUAUGCAGAGCCUAAUUUGCGCGAUAAGAUGCGCCGCCCAACCAAAGAGAUGAUUGAUGCAGUUGCAUUCGGAUCCCGAAGGUCCUCGAGUUUCCAGUCCGGCCGGAACAGCCUGGAGGGCGGAGAAAACCGCAGCCGCUCUCAGUCGCACGACAGUCUCCCUGCUCUGGCCCGUGCAGAGCAGAAUGCUGAUAUGUCUUCCGGUGAUGGUCCAUCGGAACAGGUGCUAGCAAUGGUGUCUCGGAGAAAACGCAAGGUGUCAUCGGCACCAAAGGACGAGAAUGACGCGAGUGAUCCAAGCUCUGGUCUCAAAAACGAGAUUGAAAACAGCCUCGCAGAUAUCUCGGCCCAAGUAUCCCAAGAACCAUCGACUUCAAGGCGACAAACUCGACGCCACUCAUCAAACCCAAAGGGUGCAACGGCCAAUAUGGUAAAGCACGACGAACCACAGUCCCCAGGUGGCGAUUCUCCCGAGGACGAAGACUCUUUCAGGCCGGCACUAAAUGGCACAAUCGACACCAAUCAUGCCAGACGUGGCCAGCGUGUAGCUGUAAGGAGAAAAAGCAUGAUGGUGUGA